GGUAAUAUCGGGGGGAUGGGAGGUGGGUUGGGGAAUAUAGGAGCGAUGAACGCCGGUAUAGGCGGUAUGGGUAACAUUGGAGUUGGGGGAGGAAUAGGAGGUCUAGGCGGGAUGGACAUGGGCAUGAACAUGAACAUGAACGUGUCGAAUCCUCUCCGUGGCAGGCAGGGAAGUAUGGGUCCCGGCUCGGGUGGUCCUGGUGGGAAUCUCACCCCCUCUGCGGGCGGACUCGGUUCGGCGCCACAGAGUCCGGUCAAGGGCGCUAGUCUUCCGCUCGGUGGGAUGGGAGGCGUAGGUGGAUUGGGAGGUAUGGGCGGUGGGAUGGGAGGGCCUAUGAAUGCGGGUCCGAUGAUGCAGGCGCUGCAGAGUGGACUUCCGCCUUCGAUCGGGAGGUUGCCUGGGGCCGAUAACGUGAACAUGCAGAGACCGGGCACGGCUGGCGGUGGUGUUGGUGUCGGUGGUGUUGGUGGCCCCAACGUUUCUGGUGUCCCACCUUCGGUGCCUGCUGCCGUUGGACCCUCUGCGUCCUUCGCCGCUGCGUCUUCGGGCCGUCCUGGGGUUCCCCAUUCGCAGUCUAGUAACGGACCGAACGGGACGGUCGCUCAGCCCCACGGGAACAACGCUGCGAACGCGAACGGCAACAACGUAUCGACUUCGAACGUCCCCCUUCCGCGUAACGUUCAUCCGAAACAGACGCGUAUUUCUUACGUCCCGGCGGACUCGCUUCCUCCGCUGAGCGAUAGCGAGAUCGAGCAGGUGAAGGAGUGGAUUAGGAAGGAUAGAGAGUAUGAGGGCAGGUUUAAGGAGAUGAAUGAGAGGAUGGGUGGGGAGAUCAGGGAGAUUAGGAUGAGUGGGAUGGGGAUGGAGUGGUGGGAGAGGAGCGAUGGGCUCGGCGCGGUGGCCGGGAGGAGGAAGUUUGGGAUCGUUUAUCCGAAUGUGAGAGUUGGGGGGAAGGAGGGAGGGAGGAAGAAGGGGAGGGUCGGGUGGAGGAUGCCGAAGAGGUUAAGGCCGGAGGAGGCACAGAAGCCGGAGCAGCUCGUUCCGAUCCGGUUGGAGUUUGAUGUCGAGCACCAGAAGAUGCGGGAUACGUUCGUGUGGAACCUCAACGAUCCCGUCGUCACACCCGAGGUUUUCGCCCAGUCCGUGGUCGACGACUACAGCCUUCCCCACAGUUAUCUCUCCAUCAUCUCCAAAUCCAUCCAAGACCAGCUGAGCGACUUCAAAGCGCAUAACACGUCACUCAUGGACGACGUUGACGACCAUCGUGACCGUGAGAACGCGGCUGAGGAUGCCGAUGGAAAGAACGGCGUACGGCACAAGGACGAUAAGGAGGACGAGUCAGUCGUGCUCGCAAAGGGAACGCUGGAGGGCGAUGAGCUGAUUUGGUGGGCUGGCUGGAGGAAGAGACUUUGGGAGGAGACGGCCAGUGCGGCGAGUUUGAGGAAAGGGAGGGGAAGUAGGAAGAGGAGAAGGCUCGGCGCCGUCGCUUCUACCACCGUCGAGACGAGCGUGAAUCCUCCUACCGUCGAGGUUGUCGGCGUAGAUGGUGAUGUGGAGAUGCCUACCGUUGUGAAGGCGGAGGUUGAGGACGAUAAGGAGUCGAUGGUGGUGUCGUUGGCGAACUAUGGGCUGGAUAUGAGCAUGGAUAAGGAUGAUUCGUUCGAGAUUGAUGAUCUCGAUAUGGACGAAAAGGAGCCGCCGGAGGAGAUUCGGAUCUUGAUCAAGCUCGACAUUGUCGUUGGUGCGAUGAAGCUCGAGGAUCAGUUCGAGUGGGAUAUCGAGAACAGUGGGGCUUCGCCGGAGCAGUUCGCCGAGGUGUACGCCAAGGAGCUCGGCCUUGGUGGAGAGUUCAAAACUGCUAUCGCACACUGCAUCCGCGAGCAAGUACAGACGUACCAGAAGUCUCUCUUCCUCGUUGGUCAUCCCUCAGAUGGCACAGCCGUACAGGAUGACGACCUCCGGAUGUCCUUCCUCCCGUCUCUAUCCUCCGUCGCGCGUCCGAUGGAACAAGUCUCAGCUUUCACACCCAUCCUCAACUACCUCAGCGACAGCGAGAUGGAGCGCAACGAGAAGGAACGCGAGAAAGAGCUCAACCGUCGUCGCAAGCGUAACACCCGUGGUCGCCGCGGCAUCGCCCUUCCCGACCGCGAACCGCUCAAGACGUUCCGCACGCCCGCUAUUGGUUUCCCCGAUGUCGAUCCCGCCACUCUCGCUCUUCAACAAGCUGCUGCUGCACCCACUUCCAGGAGAGCUGCUGCCGCCGCUGCUCAGCUUACGAUUGCCAACAUGGUGGCGUCGGAGAACGGGACAGCUGUGAUCACACCGACGAUGCCCGCUGCGACUCCAGCACAGGCUCAGGCGAAUGCGAAGAAGGAAAAGAAGCCAAGGGGAUUGUUCAAGGCUCCGCCGUACCCUCCUUCCGUUCUCAAGUCCCGGGCGUCAGUCACCGCGCCCACGUCCUCAACAGCGGCAGAUAUCGCCUCGCUCCCGCCCCCGCUAGAGAAUGACCCACCUAUCACUAUCUUACCGCCGAAAGAUGUGAGGAGCGCAAGGCAACUGUCGGCGAAGAGGGCGAAGGAGCUCGAGAGGGAAGCAAAGGAUAGGGAGUACGCGGACGGACAGCAUGCGAAUAUGAUCGAUGGGGUUUGGCACUGCUCGAACUGUGGAUGUCCGGAGGAUAUUGCUGUUGGGAGGAGGAAGGGCCCGUUGGGCGACAAGUCGCAGUGUGGUGUCUGUGGAAAGUUCUGGCACAGACAUCGCAGGCCGAGACCUGUCGUAUACAACGCGGACGCCCAGUAUCAUCUCAACAUGAAGCUCGAAGCCGAACGGGCUAAGACUGCCGCGAAGAAAAAGGGCGGCGCCGCUGCUCUGCGUGCGGCUCAGAACGCAGCUGGAGAUCAGGACCCAUCGACUCCGGCCGCCACUGCCUUCCCCGAGACGCCCAAGUCAAAGUCCAAUGUGUGGAUCGACGUCCCUCCAUCCCGGUCUGCGUCUCGCAUCAGCAAAUCAAGAGCUGUCUCUCCUGCGUCCUCUAGCUCGAGCGCCUCUGAUCCGCCGCUUGCUGAGAAGAUGAAGAUGAGUGCGGUUGCGAACAGCAUCAAGGCGGAGGCACUCCCCGUGGUCAGCCCUGUGAAGGCCGAGUCGGCGCCACCGCCACCUGUUGUGCCUUCUACUUCGGAUAGUCCUCCCGUCGCCCCUCCUCCAUCGCACGAGAGCGUAUCGGCGCCUCCUCCUGCUCCCUUGAGUAGCACAGGUGUCUCUACUCCCAUCGAACAGACGAACGGAUUCGCGCCGGCGCCACCAGAGUGGCUUACGCAGGCUACGAAAGAUCUGCAGGAGCAGUACCCGGCGGACAAGUUCGAGAUUAUCCUACGCAACGAAGUGUGGCGUAUCAGGUGUGGGGAUUGUGCUGGCAAGGUUUACAUGCCAGGUCCCGACGAAACGAUGAAUAACUUCAUAGUACAUCUCAAGAAUAAAACGCAUCGGAGCAAAGUCGCGGAUCGUGUGGCGAGGACGUCUGGCUCUGCGACAUCCAGCUCGUGAAGGAUUCUUCCCGCCUUAGAACUCCACUCUUGAAUUUUCGUCUUGCCUCAUGGACCUCAAAAAUGAUAUACAUCGCUGGACUUUGAGAUGAUUGGAUUGCUGUCGUGUUUGUCUACUGCUCUACAUGCCCAUUUUUACACACUUGAUUUUUCUUUUUUCCUUUCUCAGCUCUCGGUUUCUGUCUCUUCGCGUCCGCCCGAUCUCCGUUUUUGUUUUUCGCUCGUCUCGAUAUACCCUUUUAUAUCGAGUUAUAUCUUCGUACCCUCUCGUGCAAGGCCUCAUACGGUCUGCUUGUUUAUCGGAAUACACCUUUUCCCAGCGUAACUACGUAUCUGACUGGGUGUUCGUUCUGCGAUUGUGGUAUAUUCGCCGGAUGUGUGGCCUAUCUGUAGUAUACUCUCUGUUAAAAGAUAUAUUAUUGGGACUCCCUUUGUUCACUCU